UGGGCCGUCUCUCUCUUCAUCUUCCCUCCUCCCGCAAAGACAGGGAACUCUCUUCUUAUUUGCUAGAAGUGUCCCCACCUAUCGCCUAAGGCGUUCUCGCAUGUCCUUCUGGGAAAUGUAGUCUCACCAGUGUAGGAAGUGCUAGCGGAAAUGGAAGGCGGAACUACAAAUCCCCAUCGGGCCUUGCGCGACUCCUGCUGGGCAGGAUUCCGGACAACGCCUGGUUCCUCUCGGGUCCUUCCGGCGUCGCCGGAGUGAAUUGAUCCGGGAGUUGAAGAGGGCUCCAAAGGUGGGAAGUGAAGUCCGUUCCUCAGUUGCCGAUUGCUGUUCUUCUUUGUGUACCAGUCUUUAUUACAUACACAUACAAAAGAGAAAAAAUUCGGCAGUGAAUGAAGAUUCCUCUGCAUUUUAGCAUUGCUUUUUCUACUGUAGUUGGUUUUUGAAUGAGGAUGACAAUGGAAGAGAUGAAGAAUGAAGCUGAGACCACUUCCAUGGUUUCUAUGCCUCUCUAUGCAGUCAUGUAUCCUGUGUUUAAUGAGUUAGAACGAGUAAAUUUGUCUGCAGCUCAGACUCUGAGAGCCGCUUUCAUUAAGGCUGAAAAGGAGAAUCCAGGCCUCACACAAGACAUCAUUAUGAAGAUAUUAGAGAAAAAAAGUGUAGAAGUUAACUUCACCGAGUCCCUUCUUCGUAUGGCAGCUGAUGACGUGGAAGAGUACAUGAUUGAACGACCAGAGCCAGAAUUCCAGGACCUAAAUGAAAAGGCACGGGCACUUAAACAGAUUCUUAGUAAGAUUCCAGAUGAGAUCAAUGACAGAGUGAGGUUUCUGCAGACAAUCAAGGAUAUAGCUAGUGCAAUAAAAGAACUACUUGAUACAGUGAAUAAUGUCUUCAAAAAAUAUCAAUACCAGAAUCGCAGGGCACUUGAACACCAAAAGAAAGAAUUUGUAAAAUACUCCAAAAGUUUCAGUGACACUCUGAAGACAUAUUUUAAAGAUGGCAAGGCAAUAAAUGUGUUCAUAAGUGCCAACCGGCUAAUUCAUCAAACCAACUUGAUACUUCAGACCUUCAAAACUGUAGCCUGAAAGCUGUAUAUGUUAAGAGAUGUCCUUCUCAGUGGCAGUAUUAAACUGCAUUUAUCUGUAAAUGUUAAAGUUUGACUGUAUAAAUUAUCAGUCCCUCCUGAGGGGAUCUAAUCCAGGAUGUUGAAUGGGAUUAUUGCCAUCUUACACCAUAUUUUUGUAAAAUGUAGCUUAAUCAUAAUCUCACACUGAAGAUUUUGCAUCACUUUUGCUAUUAUCAUUCUUUUAAGAAUUAUAAGCCAAAAGAAUUUACGCCUUAAUGUGUCAUUAUAUAACAUUCCUUACAAGAACUGUAAAUAUUGGUGUUUGUUUCUGACAUUUUAACUUGAAAGCGAUAUGCUGCAAGAUAAUGUAUUUAACAAUAUUUGGUGGCAAAUAUUCAAUAAAUAGUUUACAUCUGUUAAACAUUUCUUUACUUGAAAAAAAAGAUGCAUAUAUAUAUGUGUGUGUGUAUAUAUGAUCAGAAGACCAAGACAACUUGGUAUAAUGUUAAAGAUCUUCUAAUGGGAGCUUACUAGCAGUUUAUCAAAUAAUAAAGCAACGAGAAUUCCUAUUUUUUGUCCUUAAUCACUUUGAGCAAAAUGUAGUCAGUUAAAAUACUUUUGUUAGUUAUUACAUAUAAAGAACUGGAUAUUUUUUCACUAUUUCCAAUCUCUAGAGACCUGAGAAGAGAGAUCAGUCUACGGUGUCUUUGUACUGUAAUGACACUUCGAGUUAAUGACACUUUGUGAAUUGUAGAUUAUGGCUCCACGAAAUUACUUCUGGUAUACCAGGCCCUAAUAAGCUUUGCACGUUGUUCCAAAAAUAGUCACAAUUAAUAAAAACUUCUAAUAGUUGUGUUGAGAUUUUUAUCAGUGUUAAUAUAAUAUACACUCUUUAAAUAUGUAUAGUUUGUUUCACACUAGAGAAGUUAUAAGAAAACUGUGUAUCAGUAUUCAUGUUGAGUGAUUUGAGUUUUUAAUUAUAAAGGGAAAAUCAGGUUUUGUCCAUCUUUUAUAAAGAAAUAUUAAAAUCUGUUGA